AUGACCAACGCUCUGCUGGGUGGUAUCACACUAACGAAUGCCCAAAAUGAGUCCAUUUCAGGCGAGACACUGGGUCAGAAUGACAAAGUCUUGGCGCUUUACUUCGCUGCCGACUGGUGUCCCGAUUGCCGCGCUUUUCAGCCAAUACUCAACCGGUUUUACGAGACUACGUGCAAUGGUUUGGACUUGGUAUUUGUAGGCUCAGAUGCUUCGGCAAAGGACCAGCUUGCGCACUUUAAGGACAAGCAGGGCCCCUGGUGGAUGGUGCCUUUUGAUGGUAAGACACGUACGCAGCUUAAGCGUAGGUACGGCAUAUGUGCUGCUGCAGAGGUGACCGAGCUGAGCCCUAUCAUACGUAAGGGCGGCAUUCCCACACUUGUGGUGAUUCGUCACAAUGGAGAGGUUGUGGACUUUUAUGCAGCCGACAAGAUUGAGCGUGAAGGUGUCAAGGUUCUUGCAGAAUGGCAGCAGUAA